AUGCACUGCCAUGGCGAGCUGAGGCUCGCCUCCCCCGGGCAGCUCAAGGCAGCCAGGAGGCGCUACAAGACUUUCAUGAUCGAUGAGAUCCUAUCCAAGGAGACCUGCGAUUACUUUGAGAAACUUUCCCUUUACUCUGUCUGCCCUUCUCUCAUCGUCAGACCCAAACCUCUGCACUCCUGUACUGGGUCCCCAUCUCUGAGGGCAUAUCCUCUCAUCUCUGUCAUCACCCGGCAGCCCUCUGUGGUCCCUCACCUUGGCCCUGCAGCUCCCAGCUCCCGAGCGUUGUCACCCCACUCCUCCUUGGGAGCCACCAGCGCGGAGACACAAGCCAGCGAAACCCAUGCCAGCAGCGAGUCGGAAGGGGAGCAGCCCACCCUGCGGUUGAAAAAGCCUCGCCGAAGCCGGACCAUCUUCACGGAACUCCAGCUGAUGGGGCUGGAGAAGAAAUUCCAAAAGCAGAAGUAUCUGUCCACGCCAGACAGGCUGGACCUUGCCCAAUCACUGGGGCUGACUCAGCUCCAGGUGAAGACUUGGUACCAGAACCGCAGGAUGAAGUGGAAGAAAAUGGUACUGAAAGGUGGGCAGGAAGCUCCGACAAAGCCCAAAGGCCGCCCGAAGAAAAACUCCAUCCCCACCUCAGAAGAGAUCGAGGCAGAGGAAAAGAUGAACAGCCAAGUUCAGAGGCAGAUGCUGGAGACAUCUCAGGCCCCAGAAGAGCCUGAAUUGACAGAGGAGAAGCCUGAAGUCUCCUCGGAGACGGGAAAGUCUCCGGAGCACACAUUGGAGCCCUCCCCGGAGGAGACGACGCCCUCGAGUUAA